GAGGGGAGCGCCCGGUUGCUUUCCCUUGUCAAAACUUGGCAAAAAUCCCCAACAAAAGUCACAAAAGUGUUACAAAUCUUUACGUGUUAUGUGUCAAGAGUGAUUCUAAGUUUGUGUACAGUGUGUGUUAGUUUCUUAGUGAGCGUUAAGUUAUUAUUUGGAUGUAAACAAACGAUUCCCAAGGUUGCAGCUAAGCAAGAGCUGCGUGACAGGCUGCGCGUGAGGCAGCCGCACGAACAUGGACGGCAGAGGCAGAACUUAGCUAAUGUCUUGCUUCUUAUUGCAAUAUUUAUGUGUCGAUGUGACUUAUAAGUGCUUUUGGUUUCAAUUUAGUGUUUUUUGUUGAAUUUCUCAUGUUGAGAAGUGUUGAAGAAGUGUAACUAUUGCCCUGAGGUUAGGAAGAUGAGCGAGUGCGACGGCAGCGAAGAGUGUGUCAUGGGGGGUGGAUGUAGGAUGGUUGAAGGGGGGAGGUGCAGUAGCAGCGAUGGGGGAGACUCUUCUUGCGACUCUCCUCCACCCCCAUUGUGCGCCUCCAGUGGAGUAGCGGCAGCACCUCCCUCUUCCACCGAGCAGCAGCAGCCUGGAGGUCUGAGCGACGACUCGACGCCAGUUGUGCGCCACGUGCACAAGACGUCGCCACUUCCGCUACAGCUCUGCAGACAGGACAACCUACAGCAGCAGCCGCUGUCAUUAGCAACCACUGCUACCCAUCUAAGACAUCACAGACAACAUGUCCUUGUGCACCACACAACUGUAGUCGCUAAUGCUGUUGUUGUACACGCAGAAGAUACUGAUCCUGAUAGUCCGCCUGCAUUACAACCCGGAGAACAUCAGCUGUUUCAACAUCCUGAUGAUGAUAGUCAUUUAUCGCCUUCUGCCCAUGUGAAUUAUAAAGACGAACCCUUAAGUGUGAGUGUAGUGCAUGACGAUUCUCAUCUUGACUCCCAUGACUCGGGGUUGUUGAGUCCCAGUGAAUUAUCUCCCCGUGAAAGUCAAGUUAGUGAUCCAAACAUGAUUGAUGCCUCGGAUUUUCGAUCGCUCCAACCGGAGCCGAUCUACCCGAACAUGUCGUCCAUGAACGGACGCAUGUCACCUCCUGGAUUUUCGCCAUCAUCGGCGAGCAGCUACGCCACAUUAACUCCUCUGCAGCCCCUGCCGCCCAUCAGCACGGUCUCAGAUAAGUUUGUGUACGGACCCCCUGGCAAUGUAUCGGGCAGCUUCACUGUUAUGCAAAACAACGGCCUCGGCCAAAUGCUGUCUAUGGGUUCUCCUUAUCAGUACGAUAAAAUGUCCAUGUCCCCACCACACUACAUCUCCAAUAAUGGUCUUGGUAUAACGUUGAGUCAUCAACACUCCCCACUAUCUCCCCAUGGGGGUUACCAAAAUGGUUUGGCAUCUCCACAAAAAUCUCUCAGCCCCAACGGUUAUGAUUCCCCUUACACGAGGCAGGACAUGAGCCGAGCAGCCCUGGUAGGGUCACAGUCACCAAAUUUAUCCCCUCCCGUGUCUCUUCACUCUUCCCCACAAGCGUUCACCACAUUUAGUGCAGCUGGUACUCCCACUCUCACCACAUCAUCCCUGAACAUGAAUGGGAUGGUCGGGGGAAGUGGACUGGGUUCAUUAUCCCCGCAAGCAGUUUCCCCACACAGUCCUGCUUACAGUCCACACCAAUCUCUUCACAUGCCUCCUUCCCCACCUCCUCCUUCAAUUAAAACUGAAAAUCUCCUCCAAAAUUCACAACUUGGAUGUCAGAUCAGUAACAUCUCGGGCCCGGUUUUGAUGAACCAAAGUCCACCUCACGCGCACAUGACGGCAGUCAGCACAAUGCAGCAACAAGGGGGCAUGAUUCACUCGUGCCCCGUGUCUGCGGUACCCAACAUGAACAUGGGCAACAACAUGGGCCUCAUGAAACAAUCGGGCAUGGCGACCACGAGUGGUGGUGGUGGCGGUGGUGGCGGCGGGGAAGUCGAAGAGAUCAACACCAAGGAUCUCGCUCAAAGGAUCUCGGCUGAACUCAAACGGUACUCGAUCCCUCAAGCGAUAUUCGCCCAGAGAGUCUUAUGCCGCUCGCAAGGAACUCUGUCGGAUUUGCUGCGUAACCCAAAGCCCUGGUCCAAGCUCAAGAGCGGCCGCGAAACCUUUAGGAGGAUGUGGAAGUGGCUGCAAGAGCCUGAGUUCCAGAGGAUGUCCUCUCUUAGAUUAGCAGUAGCGUCACUACCUCAGCCUCCCAGGGACUCCACCAACGCAGGCUAUAACUCUGCAGGUAAGGCAACCCCUCGAGGCCGAAGCUUUAUAUUAGUAAAGUUCAGAGACGACUAA